AUGCCUUUAGUGACUCGUCCGAUCCAACCAUUCCAUCGCACCCCAUAUUUAUGCCGCAACUAUACCACGAAAAAAGCAAAGGAAACACCUCCAUCAAUCGCAAUUAUUGGCGGUGGGCCAAGUGGUCUAGUCCUUGCUCGACUAUUGGAAGUCAACGGCAUCACAGACUACGUCGUAUUUGAGCGAGAUCAGUCCUCCACACCAGGUCCGAACGAACAAGGUGGAACUCUGGACCUGCACGGAGACUCAGGUCAAGAAGCCCUCAAGCGCGCCGGCUUGUUCGACAAGUUCAGCAACGAACUCGCACGCUGGGACGCUGCGUGUUUCCAUCUGCUCGACUUGACUGGGGAAACAAUUGCCAACUUCAGUGAUGUGGGGAACCGUCCUGAAAUUGAUCGCUUGCAACUUCGCCGCCUUUUGCUCGAGUCGAUUCCUCAACACAAGAUUCGAUGGGGACAUGGUGUUAAAUGUGUCGAGAAAGGAGAACCUAAGAAGGAGACUGUUGAUGAUAAUGGAUACAUCAUUCAUUUUACAGAUGGUUCCUCUGCAACAGGGUUCCGACUUGUGGUAGGCGCCGAUGGCGUAUGGAGCAAAGUUCGUCCUCUGCUCACACCCGCAAAGCCAGAGUACUCUGGUAAGCUCUACAUCGAGGGCAAAAUCUCGCACAACAAUCCGAGCUACGCUGUCGCCCAUGAGCUGGUCGGACCUGGAAACAUGCUUGUAUUAGGCGACAAUAAGACGAUAGCGGUGCAGCAGCUAUCCGAUGGUCAUUAUCGCGUUUAUUUUGGGCUUGUCGCACCUGAAGACUUUUAUCAACGCAAGAGCUCCAUUGACGCUGAUCCUAGCAAAACUACCGAGGAAACCCGUUCCCGUCUUCUGUCCUCCAAUGAGUUCUUCGCGCAUUGGACGCCGCGCGUGAAGGGAUUUGUCGAAAAUGCCGAAGGUCCCUUCCGUCCCUGGCCCUUGUAUUUCAUCGACCCAGAAACAGUCGGCUGGGAUCGCUCUGUGGCUCCUGGCGUUACCUUGUUGGGGGAUGCUGCUCAUGCUUCGACUCCAUUUGUUGGGGAGGGUGUUAAUUGCAGCAUGUACGAUGCAGUUAUGCUGGCGGAAUGUCUUGUCGCUCACUGCGGCAGAAACACUACGCUGACUAAUGUGGAGGAGGUAAAGCUGGAGGCUGCACUGGCUGCGUACGAAGAGGAUAUGUUCACACGUGGUCAAGAUCUGAUUCGGCGCAGCGAUGAGAGUGGAAGAAUGCUGUUUUCGGAUAAUGCUGGUUCACUUACUUUCCAGAUUUUUAAUGGUGAUGCUGAGCAUGAGACUGUCAAGUCUGAGAUUCACGAGAAGCAAUAG